AUGCCAGACCUUAUCACAGUUUCGGGCGUGAAGGAAUAUCUGGAAGGCACCCGUUUUGAGUGCUCGGAUGCUCUUCCCCUUUCAGGAGGCACAGCGAACUUCAUCUACAGGAUAUCAUUGUUGAGGCCGGUUGAGGGACAUUCGAGUCUAAUCCUCAAGCAUGGACGUCCAUUUGUUGGGAACAUACCCUUCUCGUUGCAGCGACAGGCAUACGAGGUGGAGGCUUUAAAAUGGAUUUCUACCUGGAUCGCCCCUGAUUCACCAGUCAAAGUUCCUGCUGUUGUCCAUUUCGACGAAGACAAGGCGGUCAUUAUUAUGGAAGAUGUCGGACUUGACGCAAAAACGUUGAAACAGCUCUUACUUGAUGGGGCCGUGUCGCAGGCCACGGCGAAGAAUGUUGGGAACGCGCUCGGGGAAUUCAUAGCAAAUGUACACCGUCGUAGCGGUGGUGAAGUUGAAUUGCUGCGGGGCUUUGAUGCAAAUGAACAUGGAAAAUCUAUAUCGUCAUGGGCGACUUAUGGACGGCUGGCCUCUACGCUGGAGGGCGAAGACAUGCCUGUGCUUUCGGAUCCUCCUUUGAACGUCUCUAAGGAAACAAUGAACACCAUCGCUAUGCUAUCCAAAGAGAGAUCUUCCCAGAUCAAUGCUAGCGCGGACUGUCUGGUCAUGGGAGACUUCUGGCCGGGGAACAUUGUUCUGAGUCCAACUGCAGAGUCGAUCUACGUUAUUGACUGGGAACUCGCGAAGACGGGGUUGGAGGGAUUGGAUUUGGGCCAAUUUUGCGCCGAAAUCCACACAUUGCGCCGUUUCCAUCCAAGUCAAAGCACGAGCGCAGAAGCCAUCAUCUCAGCUUUCCUUCAAACAUAUCGUCGACUUCGAGAUCAUCUAGAUCCAUUAGUGCUGGCGGGUACAGUAGUAACCCAUGUCGGGGCGCAUCUGGUCGCUUGGACACCUCGCGUCGAAUGGGGCGGGAGAGAAGACACCCGAGCAGUAGUUGCAGAAGGAGUGGAGCUGCUCGUGGGAGGAUAUAGUGGUUCUUAUCAUCAGACCCAGUCAUGGCAUGACUUUCUGAAGGCCUCGUUGGCCGGUCCGUUGAUCGAUUAG